GCAGCGAGAGCGGACGCACGCCCGAACGCGUCCCUGGCUUGGUGGUGGUGAACGAGCCCGUCGAAAAGCGUUUUAUCAAUGCGUUUCUCUGCCUAGCCAUUAAUCGCUCCUCGAAAUAGAAUUAACUAAUUCUGUACUGUAUAGUGUGUGCGCCUUUUGUGAAAAGUGUGUGUUCUCCGUGUGGCUUUCGUGCAGAAAUCCUUCCACGCACACACACAAUCGAUCAACAAGCAAGCAGCAGCGGUUCCGUUCGCUUGUAUCCCGUGUUUUUUUUCUCGCUGUGAGCCGAAAUCUCAAUCCGGUUUUCGUGCCCAGAAGCUACGCAAAAGUUCCGGCAAAUAGAACGAAAAAAAAAAAAAAUUGCACACCUUUACCACCGGCAGCCGAUUUCAUUGAUAAAGUUUUGAAAGUGUGUUUUCGUGCGCCCGGUAGGCGCUGUGACGAAAUGUUUUGAUGCGGCGGCGUUAAAAGGAGAAGAAAAGCAGCGUCUCCUCAUGCGCUGUGAGGAGAUUGGUUGAGAAACUUAGCGGGGCCAGUUGUGUUUGUGAACUAGGAACAACAAGGUGUGGUGCCGCAACGCUCUGGUUUUUCGUUGUUAGAAGAAUUAGAAGCAAAUUCCCGAAUUAUUUCAAACACAAAAAAAGGAAAUAAAAUUCAAAAAAGUAUGUAAAGUUUGCACAAGAAACGUAAAAGGAAAAAGGGCACACAAAAAAGUGAUGUCGUUUAGUUGGCUGGUGUGAGCAAGAAAUGGUGCAGCUCGGCUGGUUGGGUUGAGCCAACAAGUGUGUUUAUCAGAAAAGAAGAAAUAAAAAUUCCAACUCGAUUGAGUGCGGUUGUGCAGAUUAGCGCGGUUUCUGUGUGUGUGUGUGUAAUAUUUGUCUCUGUGUGUGUGUGCUUUGUGUGUAUGUGUGUGCGUCCUUGGUUGUGCCCUAUUUCGCCUGUGUUUAUGCGCCCAUCGUGAGUGUCGAUUGCAAUUAGUGCAGCGCAGCAUGAAGCCCUUCGGCGGUGCAGCUCCGAUGCAGCAUCACGCCGGAAGUGGCUGCAACAAUAGUGCAUCAUCAUCAUCAUCACGAGCAUCAUCGCCUAGCAACGACGACAGCUGCAGCAGAUGCGUCCGUCAGCGGCCGCCACCCAGUAGCAGCAGCAGCAGCAGCAGCAGCAUGGCACGCCGGAAUCUAAUCGUAUGCAUGGCGACACUGUUUUCGCUAAUGUUUACAAAAUGUUACGCCAGUCAAGCGCUCGAGUUUACGGUGGAACCAUCGGACGUAACCAUCCCGGAAGGCAACUCGGUGAUGCUGCAGUGUGCCGGCCGGGCCGACCGGAAAGUGCUUCAGGACGGCAAGGUAGCGCCGAACAUUCGGUGGCGUGGCCCCGACGGCCAGGACAUCGGCAUCGUGGGUGACACGUUCCGGUCGCAGCUCACCAACGGCUCGCUGUACAUCAGCUCGGUCGAGAGUAACCGGGGCCUGACCGGCUUUUAUCACUGUCUGCUGAGCGUGGACGGUAUCGGUACGAUCGUGAGCCGGUCAGCACGUGUGGCAAUUGCAGACCUGCCGGACAUUAAUCAGGAAUCGCACGAAAUCUAUCUGUACGCUGGCCAGACGGCUUACUUCAAGUGCAUGUCCAGCCUGCUGCCUUACAGCAUCGAAUCGCGCUACCACACGGAGUGGCUAAAGGACGAUCUACCGCUCCGGAUGGACCUGACGCGCAUGCUCCUGCUGCCCUCCGGUGCGCUCGAGAUUGAUGAAGUGGUCCCAGCGGACCGUGGCACCUACCAGUGCAACGUAACGGCAGGCACCUUCUCACGCCUGAGCAGUAAAUCAAACCUCAACAUCAAAUCGACCGCGGGCCAGCCGCAAAGCUUUGCCCCACCGGCGUUCGUGAUCGUCCCGCAGCCCCAAACAGUGCGCGAGGGCGACACCGUCAUACUGGACUGUGCGGCCAACGGCAACCCAAAACCAACGAUCCGCUGGCUCCGCAACGGGGAAGACAUCGACAUGAACGAUCUGGACUCGCGGUUCCGCAUCAUGGGUACGGGCUCGCUGCAGAUCAAUUCGAUCCAGGACACGGACGCCGGCGACUACCAGUGCAGGGCGAGCAAUACGGAGGAUUCGCUCGAUGCGUCUGCGACGGUGCAGGUCCAGGUGCCGCCCAAGUUCAUCCUCAGCCCGGACGACAAGGUGGCGUACGAAAAGGAGGAGCUCGAGCUGACCUGCUCCAUCCACGGCAAGCCGACGCCCAUCAUACAGUGGCUGAAGAAUGGGGACCUGAUCACGCCGAGCGAGUACAUGCAGAUUGUUGGAGGCCACAACCUCAAAAUCUUUGGACUCAUCGGAUCGGACGCGGGAAUGUUUCAAUGCAUCGGGACGAAUCCGGCCGGAAGUGUGCAGGCGGCAGCUCGACUGGAAAUAAUCGAGCCAGGACUGCCGAAACGGCACAAGGGCAAAAAGUUUCAGCAGACGCAAUCGAAAACGAAAUCGUACGAAAAGUCGCCGCUGCUGCUGCAGUCCGAUCCGAAGCUGUCGAAAUCGGUACUGGACAGCCUGGUGUCGCGCACCAAGGCACGCCCAAAGUACACGAACGAUGACUAUGCCGAUCACGACCGCAUGCUUGACAGUGACCAUGACGGGGACGACGACGACGAGGACGAGGACGAUGAGGACGAGGACGAAGACGAUGAGGAGGAGGAGGGUAAAAUCUACCCGCUGCGACCGAACGAGGACCCGAACAAGCUGUACCAAACGCUGACCGGGUCCCGGUCCCGGGAGGACGGCGCCGAGAUGGUUGGCCAUUUCUCUAAUCCCAAGUCUCCCCUUAACGCUGUCACGCGGAAAUACUCGAAAUCAUCGUACGUAGACGGGAGUGGGAAGUUUGCGGCACCGCUGCCGGGGCCGCCGCGCACCCUCCAGGCCCAGAUCGUGCAGUCGCGCUUCAUUACGCUGAGCUGGCUGGAGCCGGCCAAAAACCCGGACGAGGUUAUCUCCUACUCCGUGUACUACCGCAUGCACACGAGCGAUAGGGAGCGCAAAAUGACGACGAAAUCGCGCGACGAGCAGGAAAUCAACAUCCAAUCGCUGCAGCCGGGCAAAAACUAUCACUUCCGCGUGGUGGGCAACAGCAACCAUGGGCCGGGCGAGUCGUCGGAAACGCUGGAGGUGCGCACACUGUCCGAGGAGAACAUUGCCGGGGCGCCGCAGAAUCUGCGCGGGUACGCCAUCACCGAGAAGGACAUCCACCUGCAGUGGGAUCCGCCGGCGAUAACGAACGGCAUGAUAACGAAGUACCGGGUGUACUACGCCGAAACGGACAACGGUAUGACGGAGAUGUACGCGGACACGACCACCACGGAGGCGAUCCUUAACGAGCUGCGCCCGUACACGAAGUACACGAUGUACGUGGUGCCGUUCAAUCAGGCCGGUAUGGGCGAUCCCUCGCACGAGAUUGACGUGAAGACGUACUCGUCCACACCGUCGGAACCGCCGGCGAAUGUGACGCUCGAAACGACCAGCUCGACGUCGGUCGCGAUACGCUGGGAACCGCCGGCGCUCGAGGAUCGCAAUGGGCAGAUCACGGGCUACAAGAUCAAGUACCGGAAGAACAAGAAGCCGCUGCAGGUGGAGACGACACCGGCCAACGUGCGGUACUACAUACUGAAGGAGCUGGACAAGAUGUCCGCCUACCAGGUGAAGAUAGCGGCGAUGACAAUCAACGGCACCGGGCCGUUCACCGAGUGGCACCACAUCGAGACGUACGAGAACGAUCUGGACGAAUCGCAAGUGCCGGGACAGCCGGCGUGGCUGAAAACUCGCCCUGGAGCGGACAAUAUUACGGUCACAUGGGGCCCGCCGGUCCACCAAGAGAUUAAGGUGCGCAGCUACAUCUUGGGCUGGGGCAAAGGCAUCCCGGACGAGGACACUGCGGAGAUUGAGGAGCGAAUGCGCUACUUCGAAAUACCCAACCUGGAACCGAACAGCGAGUACGUGAUUUCGUUGCGCGCUCGCAACGCAAUGGGCGACGGUGCGCCCAAGUACGACACGGUGCGCACCCGGGAAGACGCUCCGAUCGAAGCACCAACGCCGCUGGAAGUGCCGGUCGGACUGCGUGCCAUCCCCAUGUCCGGCACGUCCAUCGUCGUGUACUGGACGGACACGACGCUCAGCAAAAGCCAGCACGUGUCGGACAAUCGGCACUACGUCGUGCGGUACAGCCCGAACGGGUCGAACCGCUACCGCUACCACAACACGAGCGUGCUGAGCUCCAUGAUCGGCGAUCUGCGCCCCAACACACAGUACGAGUUUGCCGUGAAGGUGGUGAAGGGACACCGCCAAUCGGCCUGGUCCAUGUCGGUGCUGAACUCAACCCAGCCCGCAUCGCCCGUCUCACCGCCGCGCGAUCUGCAGGUGACGUUCGAUCCGCGCAACCCUCUCACGGCCCUCCUAAGCUGGCUUUCCCCGCGCCACGUCAGUGGACCGAUCGCGGGCUACCAGGUCCUGUACACCACGGACAACACCAAGCGGGAUCGCGAUUGGAACAUCGAAUCCACCACCGGCGAGCACACGUCGGCCGAAAUUCUCCACCUCGAACCGCACACGACGUACUACUUCAAGGUGCAGACGCGCCACUCCAAAGGGUUAGGCCCGUUCUCCGCGAUGGUGUCGCUGAAGACGGGUGCCGAGCUCGAAUCGAGCGGCAACCUGACGCUGGACCGGUCGUUCUCGAUGGAGCUGAUCUACGUGACCACCGGCUUCGCGAUACUGGGCUGCCUGGUGAUCAUCGGAAUAUCGGUAAUGAAGUGCCGCAGCAAGGGUCCGGAGGGUACGCCCGAGCAUGCGAAGAAAAGCUAUCAGAAGAAUAACGCGGGCAUCAUUAAACCACCCGACCUCUGGAUUCAUCACGAUCAGAUGGAGCUGAAGAACAUGGACAAGGGCGGCAACCACGGGACGACGCCCGGCUCGGUCGAUGGCGGUGCGUCGAGCAGCGGUACGAUGACGCUGCCCCGGUCCGUCGGCGGUGGGCACGAUUACGAUAGCGAAACGCCGAUCACGCACGUCACUAACUCGCUGGACAAGCGAAGCUACGUGCCUGGGUAUAAUGGAAACACGACAUCACUCAGCUCGACGAUGGAGCGACCGCAGUACCCACGCACACAGUACAGCAUGGCCGCCCGGCCCCAUAUAGCGAUGGAGCAGCAGACACUGUCACAACAAAACCUUCUCCAGCAGCCGCCACAGCUGCCGCCCGCAAAUCCGCUCGCUCAAACGCCCGAAAAUCCCUACACUUACGACAGUAGUUAUAGCCCGAACGUUACCUACGCCCAAGGUAUAGCGGUGGAUGCUCCGAAACGGGGGCAGGGACACCCGCUGAAAAGCUUCAGCGUACCAGCACCGCCCGCAUCCACAUCGAUCAUCAGCGGCCAGGGCAAGCAUGGCACACCAACGCCUGCCGUCACGAUACGCCCGCAGAACUCAUCGCCCUACAAGAAGCCCUCGCUCUCGUCCGGUUCGCUGACCAACCGGCUGCAGAGCGGCCCGGUAGUGGCACACUCGAACGACGAAAUCCAGCGGCUGGCGCCGUCCACCUCGACCGAGGAGCUCAACCAGGAGAUGGCCAACCUCGAGGGCCUGAUGAAGGAUCUGAGCGCAAUCACGGCGAACGAGUUUGAGUGCUAGAUUGCUUCUCCUUCUGUUUUGUAUGCUUCUUGGUCCUGCCAGGGAAAAAUGGCGGUGCAAAACGCGUGAUCAAAACUGUUUAGUCAUUACUACUUUUAAUUUUGGUGUGAAUGUGUGGCGUGCGUUUGAGUGAGUGAAUGAAAGAGUGUGUGAACACGAGCGAAUGAACGUGGAUCGUACGGAAAACGGAAGGUGCGAGAUCAUCAUGCACGAUCGACUGAGCGUGUUGCGUCUGGCACGUGCAGGGUAGGCAUUAUGAUUAGUAUUACAAUUACUUUAACGCAGCAACUCCGGUAAAGGAUAAUUGGUAAUCGAGAUGAUAAUGCGGUACGCUGGAGUGACAAUGUCACCCAGUGGUCCCCAAGUGUAUAACUGCAUUCGUAUAACUCACAUUAAUUUAUUAAACCUACUCAUUAAGGACGACUAACCCGCUCUCCUAAUUGUAUCGCGAAACGACCUACACAAAAUCACAUCUAAAAAUACCACUCCGAAUGGGGGUGAAACGUCUCACCUGCGGCCGGUUGAGCGAAUUAGGGAAAAUAUAUUUCGCAUUUAAGCGACCACGGCACGGACAAAACUUUUAUAGCAACCAGUAGUUGCUCGGUCGGUAGGCUAGGACUAACGUAUGAAUUAUUCUGACCAAGGGAAGGGUCGAUGGAAAGCCCGUUUCUGUCUGCUCUCGUGUGUAAUCACUUUCCAUUUCGGAAACGGCUCUCUUAUUAGGUUAGCGACUGGCAGACAUACUUCAGAUUGUAAAUAUGAACCCCCGAAACUGAAGAGACCGAAGAUGAUGAUUUGUGUUUUUAUGUUUUCGUUUUUUCGUCUGUAUUAGUUCAAUUUCAUUCAUUAUGUGUCUAUAGAUGUAGUAUAAGCUCUAGCGCAGAGAGAGAAAACCAAUAUUCCAUCUAAAAGUACAACACGCACAAAUGGAUUAUGUUGCCGUAAUUGAAACACAUAACGUGCUCGUUUCCAUCGUAAAACAUCGUAUCGUAAACCAAAAACUGAUAGGCCCAGUGAUUCGUUUUCUUUAUUGCAAAGUGCGAUUAGUUUAAACGAGAAAACGAAACUCAACCCAAUAGUUUGCGUUUCAGCUAGACGCUUGUUGCUGUAGGUGAAGUGCCAGUGAAAGCUUCAUAACACGAUAUCACGCAACAACAAACUCAAACCUAUAUACACAUACACACACAAACGAACGACAGGGAUCAAUUUUACAUGCCACUUCAUCGUACACUCGGUACUGCCAUAUAAUAAGGUUGGAGCGCUCCAGAGGCGUUUUGUAGAGUAAAGAGCGAUCAGUUUGGAAACAGUUCCUAACGGCCAUUCUUCUGCUAGGCUAGAUACUACACACCGUGUACAUUAUGUGCUUACGUUGUGUUUUCGUCAAGUUUUGUUUCAAAUAUCAACGCCACCACCAAAUCGUGGUCAUCUCUCGUUGUACAUUGUUUCAUCUGUAUGUAUAGUAAGUGUCACUCGUAUGAAAAACAAAAAACCAGCAGCAGACAGAACGAACACAUUAGAGUGUGCUUUAAUCACCUCUCAUUAGCAACCGUCUCACUCCCUCUCUCUAUGUAAACCCGUAUGUAAAACACUUCACUAUGUAUGUAGGUGUGCUGCAACAUUUUUGAACGUUUUUUUACACUCAAAAAGGCGGACGAGAGGAAGGCGGUUUUGUUUCAUGUUUCACCGUAAAGGAAAUUGUAAAACAAAUACCAAACGAAUAGUGGUAGAAGAAAAAAGAAAAAUCACACCGUAAUCACAUCACCCCGCCUGUGUACAUCACAAUCACACCCAGUAAUAGCUAGAAAGCAGUAUGAGUGGAUGAGUAAGUAGGAAAUAAAUUGUACUCCUAGGCAGGGUUAAGUGUACAUCUCAAAAGCACAGUCACCCCAUUUUCAACACAUUUACUACACAUACACAUGCCACAGAAUCGAAUAUCCUAUCAUCAAUGCAGCGAAUUUACACGAACCAUUAUCAUCCUUUUCUUUGAGGAUGUUUAGACGAUGUGGCACCGUGCUACUCAUCAUUUCCCCAGUCGAAUAUAGAUCCCCGUCUGGUACAUGCUUUGCGUCGAUUCAUCGCUAUCCCCAUAUUCAUUAGGUCGACGAGGAGGACUCGCCAUUUCCUCUCCACCACCUUUCAACUCUAGCGCGAAUACGGACUUAAGGUUUCUGUAGGGUAUAAACAAAUUCAUUUUCAUCAUCAAUGCAUCUGAAAAGCACUCAUUUCAUUCCAACUAAGCACACACGAUUGAGGGGUGGAACAAGCUUUGGAAGUUGAGUAGAAAAAUUGAAUGCAGACGGAUGAUUUCUUACACAAUUUCUUACCACUUGUUGUAAAACAAAACCAAUAGUUAACAAAAAAACAGUUUAUUUUGUCUUUAUCCCAAAGAUACAGAGUACAUCUAUCGCAUCGCGCGAGCACAGAAAGAAGCUAUAUUAUCUAGCUGAGGAACAGAAACUAACUUUGCGAUUGUUUUACCAUUUUUUAGGUGUAAGAAACAAUAUUCCUAAUCUCCCAUCAUGCGAAAACCUCGAUUUUUUUUUCUCUCGAAACGAACCACACAAAAACUCAGUGAAUAAAAACGGAAUCACACAAAAUAUCAAAAGCACAAAAGGAAACAAAACAACAAACAAAUGGAAAACUCGAAAACUCAAGGAUAAAAAGACGAAAAAGGGGGAGGAGAGCACAACAACCACCAAGCAAAACAAUUUGUUUGUGCUACGACGACACGUGGAUGUGUGUGAGUAAGCCUAAAAUUGGUAGCAUUUUUUCUAGUAAUACUGUAUUUAUACACACAAGUAAUAGGAAAGCGUAAAAACAGAAUUGAAAAGAAAAGGAAACAAAUGGAAAUAUGAACAGAAGGAGAGAAAAAAAGUAUGAGAUAAACAUUAAAUAGAUUCGACAGUGAAAAGUGGAAAUAAAGAAAAAAACCCGUAAUAUGAUAUAAACAGA